AAGGCAAAAUUAAAGGAGGGAAAAAUAUCUAGAGAAGUCCUCUAAUUCUAGUGUCUCCCAAUUCCCCAAAAGAAACCAUCUUCGCUUAUCCAGCAAGCGUUAAAACGCAACAACACAACACAACACACAACUACUUCUCUUCUCCAAAUAAAAUCAAAACCCCAUCUUUCUCUCUCCUCUUUCUCCAAGAUUUUUUUUUAUCAUCAUCAUCAUAAUAUCAUCAUCAUCAUAUCCUCCUCUAAAACACCCAAUUUUCAACAAAGAUCUCUCUUUUUCACCCAUCUUUUUACCCUCUUCAAACCCUAACCCACCUUCCACUUUUUUCCACUGCAUUUUUAUUGCAUUUCAAAGUUUUCAGCUUUCAUUUUCUCUGAUUGUAAUUCUAAUGGGGUGAAUUAAAAGGAAAAUUUGAUUAAAAGGGUUGAAGAAAAAGAAGAAGAAAAAGAUGAUGGAAUGGGAUAGUAGUUCUUCUGAAGAUAGUGGUGAUGAAGAAGAAGGUUUUUUGUUGAAUGAUGGGGGUUCUAUGCCUUUUCCUGUACAAAAUCUUCUACAAUCAGCACCAUGUGGGUUUGUUGUUACAGAUGCUUUGGAAAUUGAUCAUCCUAUUAUAUAUGUUAAUACUGUGUUUGAGAUGGUUUCUGGGUAUCGAGCUGAAGAAGUUCUUGGUCGAAAUUGUCGUUUCUUGCAAUGCAGAGGUCCAUUUGCCAAAAGAAGACAUCCAUUAGUGGACUCUGCUGUUGUUGCAGAAAUAAGGAGGUGCCUUGAAGAUGGGAUUGAGUUCCAAGGUGAAUUGUUAAAUUUUAGGAAAGACGGAUCUCCUUUAAUGAACAGAUUGCGGCUAGUCCCUAUAUACGGAGAUGAUGAAACGAUUACUCACUUUAUUGGGAUUCAGCUAUUCUCAGAGGCUACUGUUGAUCUGGGUCCACUUCCUAGCUAUACAGCAAAAGACUUCACGAACUCAUCUGAUCUAUUUCGUUCUAGUCUGUCAUCAUUUCAACCUUUUCAAUCUCGGGAGCGAAGCAUGUGUUUUGAGGUUUGUGGGCUGUUUCAACUGAGUGAUGAAGUCCUUGCUUUAAAGAUAUUAUCGCGGCUGACGCCAAGAGAUAUUGCUGCUGUGGGUUCUGUCUGCAGGCGGCUUUAUGAGCUAACAAAAAAUGAGGACCUUUGGAAAAGGGUCUGUCAGAAUGCUUGGGGUAGUGAAACUACCCGUGUUCUGGAGACUGUUCCUGGUGCAAAGAGACUUGGUUGGGGACGGCUGGCUAGAGAACUGACUACUCUUGAAGCAGCAGCAUGGAGGAAGGUGACUGUUGGAGGUGCAGUUGAGCCCUCACGUUGCAACUUCAGUGCUUGUGCAGUUGGAAAUCGGGUCGUCUUGUUUGGUGGAGAAGGUGUCAACAUGCAGCCUAUGAAUGACACAUUUGUGCUGGAUCUAAAUGCUAGUAACCCUGAGUGGCGGCAUAUGAAAGUGAGCUCUCCACCCCCAGGUCGCUGGGGUCAUACUCUCUCUUGUGUGAAUGAUUCAAACCUGGUUGUAUUUGGUGGUUGUGGAACUCAAGGCCUGUUGAAUGAUGUUUUUGUCCUUGAUUUGGAUGCCAAGCAACCAACCUGGCGUGAAAUUUCUGGAUUAGCUCCUCCGCUUCCUAGAUCAUGGCACAGCUCUUGCACACUCGAUGGAACCAAGUUAAUCGUGUCGGGUGGAUGUGCAGAUUCAGGGGUACUUCUGAGUGACACUUUUCUGCUGGAUCUCUCAUUAGAUAAUCCCGUGUGGCGAGAGAUACCAGCAGCAUGGUCUCCACCUUGUCGUCUUGGCCACACUUUGUCGGUCUAUGGUGGGAGGAAAAUCUUGAUGUUUGGGGGUUUGGCAAAGAGUGGUCCCCUUCGCUUCCGUUCCAGUGAUGUUUACACAAUGGACUUAAGUGAGGAAGAGCCAUGCUGGAGAUGUGUUACCGGAAGUGGGAUGCCUGGUGCUGGAAAUCCUGGAGGCAUUGCUCCUCCUCCCCGGUUAGAUCAUGUGGCUGUGAGCCUCCCUGGUGGCAGGAUCCUAGUGUUCGGUGGAUCAGUGGCGGGUCUUCAUUCUGCCUCACAGCUGUACCUACUUGAUCCUACUGAAGAGAAGCCAACAUGGAGAGUACUAAACGUACCUGGUCGGCCCCCAAGAUUUGCUUGGGGACAUAGUACUUGUGUUGUUGGUGGCACGAGGGCUAUAGUUCUCGGUGGUCAGACAGGAGAAGAUUGGAUGCUAACUGAGCUUCACGAGUUAUCAUUAGCAAGCUUAGUUAAACAUGAGGAGCACCAACUGCUGUAGGAGAAGCACCAUUUCCGGAACUGGAAGUAAUAGAAAGAUGGAGGAUUUGUUAUUGUUUCUUGUUCCAACAUCCGAACUACUAUUGUGCAGAUAAAAUAUUUUCAUCGGCUGUCUCAACUCGGCCUCAAGUGGGCACUCUCGGAUGCGGUUUUUCUGCGUUGGGUUUCCGUCUUUUGUCAGAUUGACUUCAUUCCAGGUUUUGAUUUUGGGUUUGUAUCAAGUCUCAGCUCUGAAAAUAUGUGAAUCAUUCUUCUGUUUUUACUGCAGAUCUUGUAGGUGAUUUAGUUGCUAUACUGUAGGGUCACUUUAACUAUUCUUGUUCUUGUCCUAGAUCAUCCUGUGCCCUUUUUUUUUUUUUUUUUUUCUCUUUUUCCCUCUUGUUUGAGGUCUGUAGUAGAAUUUCUAGGAAUAUGGGCAAAAAUAAAUUUCCAAAAAAAAAAAAAAAAAAAAAAAACCCUGAAAAGUCCUAGAUGGAAAGUGGGCUUUGCAUGUAUAUAUACCAAGUAAUGUACUGCUUUCAGUAUGCAUCUGUAGUGAGAAAUGGUACCUUUUUGCUCUUUUUUAAGUGUUGUACAAGAUCAAUUCUCUUCAGGUUAUUACAGAACAGACUUCAACUGAGGAGGUGCAGAGUUCUGAUGAGAAGCUGAAGCUGAAGCCGAACACCGGCUUUUUCUCUUCUUUAGAUGAAUUAUAUUAUAUUUUGUUUCCUUUUUUCUCUACUACAAAUUAACAAUAUAUGAAGAGUUUUCUUUUUCAUUCAUAUAACAUAUUCUAUUUUACA